CCCAUUUCCCCCAAGCCACCGACUGAAUGUGAAAGAGGUGUUUGACAGUGAGGGCAAACCCAAAGUAGAUGUUCUGAAGUCCCACCUUCACUAAGAGGGGCGUGUGGAAGAGAGUGUGGCACUGCGCUUAAUUGGCGAGGGAGCGGCAAUCCUCCGUUCGGAGAAGAACCUCCUGGACAUAGAAGCCCAGUGACAGUUUGUGGAGACAUUCAUGGGCAGUUCUUUGACUUGAUGAAGCUCUUUGAGGUAGGAGGGUCUCCAGCCAGCACACGAUACCUUUUCCUGGGUGAUUAUGUGGACAGAGGAUAUUUCAGUAUUGAAUGUGUACUGUACCUAUGGGCCUUAAAAAUCCUUUAUCCCAAGACACUGUUUUUACUGCGUGGAAACCACGAAUGUAGACAUUUAACAGAGUAUUUCACUUUUAAACAGGAAUGUAGAAUUAAAUAUUCAGAGCGGGUGUAUGAUGAAUGUAUGGAUGCCUUUGACUGUCUUCCACUGGCAGCACUGAUGAACCAGCAGUUCUUGUGUGUGCACGGUGGAUUGUCCCCCGAAAUCACAAACCUUGAUGACAUCAGGAAAUUAGACAGAUUCAAAGAGCCGCCCGCAUAUGGACCAAUGUGUGACUUGCUUUGGUCGGACCCACUGGAGGACUUUGGCAACGAGAAAACCCAGGAACAUUUCACACACAACACAGUGAGAGGCUGCUCCUAUUUCUACAGUUAUCCUGCUGUAUGUGACUUUCUACAACACAACAACUUAUUAUCUAUCAUACGAGCCCAUGAAGCACAGGAUGCGGGGUAUCGCAUGUACAGAAAGAGUCAAACUACAGGUUUCCCCUCUCUCAUCACUAUCUUCUCAGCUCCCAACUACUUAGAUGUCUACAAUAACAAAGCUGCUGUCCUGAAAUAUGAGAAUAAUGUCAUGAACAUUCGGCAGUUUAACUGUUCUCCUCAUCCUUACUGGCUGCCUAACUUCAUGGAUGUCUUCACUUGGUCCUUGCCUUUUGUUGGGGAGAAAGUGACUGAGAUGCUAGUGAAUGUCUUGAGCAUCUGCUCCAGUGAUGAGCUGACCACUGAUGAAGAGAUAGAUGGACAGCUAAUAUAUGGGCCCAAGAAAGGUGCCACGGCUUCUGCACGCAAGGAGGUAAUCCGAAACAAGAUCCGCGCCAUUGGAAAGAUGGCUCGGGUUUUCUCAGUUCUUCGAGAGGAGAGUGAGAGUGUUUUGACGUUGAAGGGUCUCACUCCAACUGGCAUGCUACCCAGUGGUGUUCUGUCUGGAGGCAAAGAGAAACUCCAGAAUGAAACUGCAGCUACUAUUGAGGCUAUAGAGGCAGAUAAAGCAAUUAAAGGCUUCUCACCUCAGCACAAGAUCAGCAGCUUUGAGGAGGCUAAAGGUCUGGACCGCAUCAAUGAGCGAAUGCCACCCCGCCGUGACACCAUGCCCUGUGACGCCAGCCUCAACUCCCUUAAUAAGGCUCUGUCAUCAGAGACCAAUGGCACCGAGGGCAAGGCCUGCAGCGGCAGCGGUAAUAUCCAGUGAUCCCACACCGUUCCUGCACGGUCGCCACAGCGAUUAAGACCCUCCCUAUCUUUUUCCAUGGCAUAGUUGAUGGAGGGAAAGGAAAGAUUUGGAGUGUAGAUUUUGAGAAAAGGAAAAAGAGAAGGACAGGAGAAAUAAAGGAGAGAAGAGGUGAGGGGGAGAGCAGCAUUUCAAGCAUAAUUCAGAGUGAUACUCACUAGUCUUUGGAUAUGCCUUUUGUUUUUGGCUAAAAAACAUGAAAAGUUGUCCUCUUUUCACUCUUUUCUAAUUGAUUUUGGGGGUUGGGGGGGGGGGGGUUACAGCAGGCAAGAGAUCAUAUGUGAAAAUACCUUUACUUACUGGAUAUAGGAUUUUUUCUCUCUCUCUCUCUCUCUCUCUCUCUCUCUCUUUGUGUGUAACUCCUUGCUAGCUAUUUCAUGUUUACAAAAAUACAGCACUAAAAAUGGACAGAACAUAAAAAAAAGGUUUUUAAAAAAAGGGUGUACAAAAACUAAGUAAGGACUAUUUAUUAAUACCUUUUUGCUACUCUUAUAAACUGGCUCUAGAGUAAAUUAGACAGUCUUAAAAGAAUGUCGCAACAUUGUUAUAAUGCCAAAAAUGGAAUGUUUUAUGGUUUUGUACAGAUUAUGCUUACCUCAGGUGUCUUUGGUGUGUGCUUGGAUCCUACUUUCUGUAUUAUUACAAGCUAGCUUGAUGGAUAUGAAUUUUCUUGGAGUUUAAAAACUGAAAUUUUCUUUUUUUCUUCUUCUUCUUUUUGCAUACUGUACGUAUGUCUUUGUUUUAUUUGGGUGGACUGGGAGUGCAUUUAUUGUGGCUUGCUAGAAGUUCUGUGAUUUUCAUCCCGCCUUUUCAAAUAUUGAGAAAAACACACACACACACACACACACACACACACA